UCAAGAAACCAAGGGAGGGACUUUGGGACCGAGCUUCCUGUCGGUCCCUAAAUGCAGUUUUGCAGCUUCCUUCCCAUACAAUCAUGGCAGCAGAUAGCCGGAAGCAAAUAUUAAGGCUGUUAUCCCGGUUCGGGGCAAUUAUUCUGACCCGUUUCGGGUUCUGGAACUGCUUCAGCAUGUUAAUGUUGUUCGCCGAGCGGGCCGACGUCAAAAGGAAGCCCGAUAUUCAAGUUCCAUAUCUGUACAUCGACAUGGGCGUUGCAGUGCUGUGUGCGAGCUUCAUGUCCUUCGGUGUGAAGCGGAGAUGGUUCGCUUUGGUUGCUGCUCUGCAGUUGGCAAUCAGCACCUACGCGUCGUACAUGGGGGGCCAGGUGCAUUACGGAGACUGGCUGAAGGUGCGGAUGUACUCUAGAGCCCUUGCCAUUACUGGUGGCUUUCUGGUUCUGGCCAGCGGAGCGGGCGAGGUGUACCGACAGAAGCCCCGAACAAGGUCCCUGCAGUCCACAGGACAGAUCUUCCUGGGAAUCUAUUUGAUUUGCAUGGCAUAUUCCCUCCAGCACAGCCAAGAGGACAGGAUGGCAUUCCUUAACCACAUUCCCGGGGGAGAGAUCCCACUGCAGCUGCUCUCCGUGCUGUAUGGGGUGCUGGCCCUUUCCUUCUUCUCGGGCUACUACAUCCGCAGCGCCGCCCAGGUACUUGCCAUCCUCAUGCCCCUGGUCAUCCUCUUCAUCGACGGCAACCUGGGCUACUGGAACCAGGGCCGCCGUGUGGAGUUCUGGAACCAGAUGAAGCUGGUGGGGCAGAACGUGGGCAUCUUUGGGGCAGUCCUCAUUCUGGCCACUGAUGGCUGAGCCUUGCUCUCACAAACCCGGACUGGAGUGGCUCGCUUUCACCAUCGGUGGGCCAGUUUUCAAAGCAAGUUCUGAAAAUGCUGGUUCUGUUUUUUUGUGUGUAUAUUUAAUUGUAAUUUUAACUGAGCAAUACUGAACUUUUUAAAAGUAAUUUCUCUUUUGAAAACUCAAAGGAGUUUUAAAUGAUUAAAUUAGCCCCACAACAUCUCAUUGACUUCCAGACUUAUUCAGGAAGAAAUACUUAGGUUUAUUCAAUUGACAGCAGUGGUGGCGGACCUAAAUAUCACAGCUGUUUAAAACAUUAAAGUCUUGCUGCUGUUUCUACCUGACACACUAAAAAGACUGACAUGCAUUGUAUAGAUGAUGUGAGAUUCAUAACCUUGAUACUCAAAAGGUCAUUUUUCAUUGUCUAAAUAGUGGUUGUGUUUAGAUCCUACACUAUUGAGAUCAAUUCAAUAUAUCCCCCCUUGGCAUAAGUUACCAGUUCUAAAUCUAGCUUUGAAAACCAGGUUCUUCAGUCUUUAAGGCUAUUUUCUCCAAUAACUGACACGCUAUCCAUCAACCCAUGAACUUUCAAAGACACCCCCUUUAGGACAGCUUUUCCCUGAAAGGGGACGUUUACUGUUUUAUUCGAAGGCUACAUCGGGUAGGAGAGAGGGCGUAGAUAGGUACCUUUUGAAAACUUAAAUAACUCCCUAAUCCUUGUACUGUAAUAUGAACGGUUAAGCAUAUUUAAUAUGUUGUCUUUAAACAAGGUUUAUCUUUUUAUCUACGUAUUUGUUUUAAAUGUUAUUACAGAAAGCAAAAAAAAGUGAAGCAUUGGUCAUUCCAUACUAGUGAUUAGGGAAGCAGAGUGGCCACAGGCAUCAGAAUUCAGUACUUGCUACUUUUCCAUUAAUUUCAAUGGGCUGUUAUGUAUUAUUUUUCCACGUUAAAUCUGGUUUUGGAUAUAUUGGAGUGUUCUUUAAUAUCAGAACAUAUAUAACCAUAACAUUUUUCAAUUUUAUAGCUAUUCUUGUGCUUGUCCGAGUGGUGCCUUUAACACCGACGGACAUGAGACAACGUAUGAAACCAAAUCAGUAUCGUCAUUUUCACAGAAUCCAAUGAAUACCCAAAUAUAAACCCAUGUGCCCAUUUAUGGAAUAAAUGCUACACCGAUGCCAUCUGCUGGCCCUCAAGUACACUACAGCUUAUUUUACUGAACAAAGGCAGAUUAGAAUUGAUCUAAUCCAUUUCUAAAUGUAGCAUUAUCAAGAGUGAUCUGCACUUUAAAUAGCCCAAUGCGUUGCAUGCUAAAAUAUAUUUUAAAAAACACAUUUUGUUAAGUAUAUGUACUGAAUGAUCUGCUGUAUUAAAAGACUUAUCCCAGCACCAA